UAUUUUUAACUAUGUGGCAGCACCGGUCACACAUUUCCAGAAAGCAGCGCAACAAAUUGUUAUUACCAAAGCUAUUUACAUGUGUUAAGCGUCUAUCAUGUCGCGUUCCCAAGCGGCUGAAGAUUCAAGAAGCAGAUGUAACUACUGCCAGGCUGCCAUAGAGGAUGACAACUAUUUGGAUUGCCAGAAAUGUGAGCAGAGCGUGCAUAUAAAGUGUUUGCCACAUGCCAGCACGCCUGGAGAUCUACUAGGCGAUGUAUUCUUCGAUUUCACGUGCAUCAAAUGUGUACGAAAAGAGUCUAUUGCAAGUGAAGAAGGACCAAGGGAACGCUUUGUCCGACAGCGCAUACCGUGGUUGUUAGUGUUGACUCUGGCGCUUUAUAACUUAUCACUGAAAUCGAAAGGCUUGAGCCAUCAUGGCUAUUUUCAUUGGCGGACGCACAUCAUCAGCUUUGUAGACAAAAAUUGGAACUACAUUUUUGAGCCACGUGUACGUCGUCGCAAGCAAUGGGCAGGUUCUGUUUCAGGCGCUUUGUCGCACAACAGCCCAGAAUACUUUCAAUCCGGAGUUAAUGUAUGCCUGGAGCAUGGCUGGUGGAGACUGGCAAAACCCAAUUUGACGCCCCGCAGUGUUCGCGCCGAAUAUGAGCAGCGCCUGUUGGAACGUCAGCAGCUGCGUACAGAUCGUCGCUUGCCAGUGCAAGAUGAGAACAGCUGCGGCAGUGAUCUGUCUGUCACGGAUCAUCAGAGCGAUGUCCAACCAUCCAUCAUCACAACGGAUGAUACUUCACAAGGUUUGCCGGCGGUCCCGCCAAGCGAGGGCUGUGCGCGUGCCAUUCCGUACAAGGGACGCUCGCCGAAGUUACCAACCGUUGAGCAACCAGCGGAGCUACAGCAGCAGGAGCACGGGGAUCUCCAGCAGUCGGAAGAAACGUCGGAGGUAUCCACACAGCUACUGCCGCUGAGUAGCGUGCAGGCAAGUCUGAUGGAUUUUCUGGCCGAGAGCUUGGGUGGCGAUGAUUUGAGCAUGUUUAUGCCACCUCCGUUGAUUGGUGCUGGCGGCAAAGGAGAUUUUUUCAUGUCCGACGCUCUGCUUGAAGCGCCCGGCAACAGCGCUAGCCUGUUUGAGCUGGAAAAUAAUUUUGGCUUGCCUCCGGCAGAGUGUGUGACGACUACAGCUGAAGCGGUGACGGAGACAGAUACAGAAAUAAUGCCAAAACUGGAGCAGCAAAACCCAUCGUCAAGUAGCUCGGAAAGCGAAGACGAGCCCAUGGAAACAGAGCAACAGACGACCGCAAGCAACAGUUACCAGCCGCGCAUAGUACAGGUGACAAAUUUUCAGGUACAGGAGCAGCUGCAGCAAUCAUCACAAAUCAAAGAGGAGCCGCUAGAGUCGAAAGAAGAGCCGGAUGAUGUGGAGCUAGAGUCAUUAGCAAAAAGCAACAUCAGUCUAGAACCUUGUAAGCCAAGCGGUUUCGCAAGGCAGCCCCGUCGAAACUGGCCCUGGCUGCAGGAGACGGCAAACGAGCAGCUCCCACACCAGGAAUGCACACAGCAACAGCUUCGUCUUAUGACUGCACAUGAAGAGCAAGAGUUACAUCAGCAACUGCAUAAAAUCUUCAUGCUAGAUAAGAACAACGAGAACGAUAUACCUGCUUAUGUACGGCGGCUUUAUCGCAAGCUGUGCGUGCGCAAGUGGAAGCGUGAGCAUAAUCGACCCGUGUUCAAUCUGGACGAGCACAUCGAUCCCAUGUCGCGUGCCCGUCUACAGCUGGUAAAGCAACAGGCACAAAUUUUAGAUCGCUAUCAACUACUCGAGCAGGGUAAUGCAAACAAUCGAAGUUCCUUCUAUGCCCGCAUUGUAGGCUGUACUGAAUACGAACUUUUCGAAUCGCCCUACACGCAACGUGUCCUGCAUCCGUUUAUAUAUCGCAGCCAGAAUAUGGGUCCGCCUUGGCUGCGUCUGAUGUGUGAGCUGCAGCAUCGCGUCAAUAAAUGCUAUCCUACCCGCUCCACCAUAGACUUCUGCUACGUGCGACCGCAGCAUAUACCGGCGGUCAAUGCGCUGCUCCAGAGCGUUUUCUGGCCAGGCAUUGAUGUGAGUGACUGCCUAAGCUAUCCAGAUUACAGCGUGGUCGCGCUCUAUAAGAAACUGGUAAUUGGGUGCGGUUUCCUGGUGCCGGAUGUGGGCUACAAUGAGGCCUACAUUUCCUUUAUGGCCGUGCGCCACAAUUGGCGGCGUGCUGGAAUAGCAAGUUUCAUGCUCUACCAUCUCAUUCAGACCUGCAUGUCCAAGGAUAUUACGCUACAUGUCUCAUCCAGCAAUUCGGCGGUCAUGUUGUAUCAGAAGUUUGGCUUUAAGAUCGAGGAAGUGAUCCUCGAUUUCUAUGACAAAUAUUUACCUAUCAACUCCAAGCAAAGUCGAAAUGCAUUCUUUUUGCGGUUAAUGAGAUAGGCAAAGCAAAGCCUUAAUGAGAUACUAAAAAGACA